AUGGAUGAGGUGAUGGGACAGAUGCCUUCCAUUAAGCCUCUUUUCCUAAUUUCCUCUCUCCCUGAGGACACUCCAGGGCCAAGCACAGCAGUGGGUGACCAAAACGACAGCGAUGACGAAGGGGCUCAGCCACCUAUGACAGGGAGAAAGAGGAAAAGGGAUGAUGAGCUGCUAGACCUCAUCAGAGAGGACAUGAGGCAGCAAAGAGAGGCUGAGGAGAGGAGAGCAGGGAGAGGAUGGACAGACUGCUUUGUAAUAUUCUACAUUCUAACUAUUACUGUUUGUCUCUUUUCUUUAGCUGUGACUGAAAUGAAUGAGGUUCCUCAGCAGAUCUCUUUAACUGUGGCGAAACUUGGAGAUAAUGUGACUCUGACAUGUGACCUCUUUGAACGAGGGUUGUUUUACUGGUAUAAGCUGAAUUAUGGAUAUAUGGUUCAAACAGUUGCUAACGGAAAUUUUGACAAAAUAUUAUUUCAAAUUAACAACUCAAGAUUCAGUGCCACAAAAGUGGGUAAUGUGCUUUCUCUUACCAUAAGAAAUGUAAGCAAAGAAGAUGAAGCAACAUACUUCUGUCAAGCAGGAUCAUCAUUCAGUAUGAGAUUUAAAAAUGGCACAAUUUUGGCAGUGAAUGAUCCUAAAACCCAGCAUAAAUUUUUCACAGUAAAACAAACUCCAGAUGUGAAUUCAGUCCAUCUGGGUGAUACAAUGACUCUGCAGUGUUCACUCCUCUCUGAGAACAAAAAUGACACAGAUCAGUGUCCAGAUGAAGACAAAGUGUACUGGUUUAAAGGUGCAUCAGAAUCCCAUCCAGGCAUCAUUUACCACGGCAGUAUAAGAAAUAAAGAGGACGAGAGAUGUGACUACAGUCUGUCCAAAACGAUAACAAACUCAUCUGAUGCUGGGACGUACUACUGUGCGGUGGUCACGUGUGGAGAGAUCCUGUUUGGUAAAGGAACAAAAGUGGAGAUAGAGGAGUUCCCUCUCAUUGCUCUGCUUGGUGCACUGCUGACCUGCUCUGUGCUUAUGAAUUUUGCACUGAUUCUCACCAGAAAAAAAAUCCAACCUCGUAAACACCGCGAAGAUCACAGUGUGCCAGACCUCGUGGACGAUUGGCUGCCUGGAGAUCCCAUGACCACUCCAAGACCAAUUGACUGGCUGAUUGUCUGCACCUGGGAGUAUAAAAGGCUGAAGAUCCUUCACACUAGGGGGAACUGUUGCUCUGAAGUGAACAUGCAGUGUCCUCCUCGUCUGCUUUGCAUGUGA